AUGGAUGUAAAAUUUGCAGAUAAAAACAUUUUGGACUGUUUGGUACAGUAUGGAGAGAUUACCUUUUUUCUUUCUUGUAUAUAUGGAGAUCCGAUCAUCGAGGGGCGUAAUGAGGUGUGGGAAAGACUUAACCGAAUUGGAACUAAUCGCAAAGAACCGUGGUGCCUCAUUGGGGACUUCAAUGAGAUUCUAAAUAAUGAAGAGAAAUCAGGUGGUCCAAGACGGUCUGAGGCUUCUUUCUUGCCCUUUGCAGACAUGUUGAAGAAUUGUGGUAUGGAGGAACUGUCUAGUAGGGGCGACAAGCUGACUUGGGGUGGCAAAAGAUGGAAUAAAUGGAUUCAGUGCGCCUUAGACAGGAGCUUUGGAAAUGAAGAAUGGUUCAAGAUAUUUCCGGGCUCGAACCAAAUUUUUUUGGAGAAGCGCGGUUCUGAUCACAGACCUGUUUGGUUAAACUUCUAUGCUAACCAUGAGGCUUUCAAAGGUCAGUUCAGAUUUGAUAAGAAGUUCCUAAUCCAACAUGAUGUGAAGAAACAGAUUAGCAUAGCUUGGGCGAGGAACUGUAAUGGUCGACAUCAAUCAGUGUCUCAGAGAAUAAGAAAUUGUAGAAAUGCUCUCAGCCGGUGGAAGAGACAAUCUGUCUACAAUUCUCAAGACAAGAUUCGUUUGUUGCAAGAAAGACUAGAAUGGAUGCAAUCAAGAGAUUAUCCUUGUUUUUUCAUGAUUAAUAUCAUUAAGAAGGAUUUGAUUAAGGCCUAUAAGGAAGAGGAACUCUUUUGGAAACAAAAGAGCAGGGAUAAGUGGAUGAUUCAUGGGGACCGUUGCUCUAAAUUUUUCCACUCUUCGGUCAAAACAAGCAGAUCCAGAAACCUGAUUGAUAAGUUGAAGGACAAGAAUGGAAAGGAUCAAUGGUCGGAAGGCGCCAAAGCUGAAGUUGCUAUUGACUAUUUCUCGACUCUUUUCCGUUCUUCUAAUCCUCGGUCCUACACUCCAGUGCUGGAAAGUAUGGUUCCAAAAGUCUCUGAUUCGAUGAAUGACGUCCUCUCAAGAGACAUUUCUAAAGAGGAGGUUAGGGAAGCGAUCUUUUCAAUUGAUCCAGACAGUGCGCCUGGUCCUGACGGCAUGACUGGACUCUUCUUUCAACGGCAUUGGGAUCUUGUAGGAGAGCAGAUCACCAGUGAGAUACAAGAGGUCUUUCAGACGGUUUCUCUCCCUAGAGAUUGGAACUUCACAUACAUUUGCCUUCUUCCCAAAAUUAAUGACCCGGAGUUCAUGAAGGAUUUAAGGCCCAUCAGUUUAUGCUCUGUGUUGUACAAAUCCGUCUCAAAAAUUUUGGUAAGAAGGCUUCAACCUUUCUUACAGGACAUUAUCUCGUCCAAUCAAUCUGCUUUCGUUAGGGAUCGUCUCAUAUCUGAUAACAUAGUCAUAGCACACGAAGCGGUUCACGCCCUCAAAAGGCAUCAUCCAAUAUCUCAGGAGAUGAUGGCGGUGAAAACCGAUAUGUCGAAAGCAUACGAUCGUGUGGAAUGGAGUUAUCUUAGGAGUCUGAUGUUGGCACUGGGAUUUAGCUUGAAGUGGGUUGACUGGGUGAUGAUGUGUGUUACAUCAGUAUCCUUUGCGGUUCUUAUUAAUGAUCAACCAUUUGGGUUGAUAAAUCCACAGAGAGGAUUACGCCAAGGCGAUCCGUUGUCACCAUUUUUGUUUGUUCUCUGCACUGAGGGGCUUACGCAUCUACUUAAUGUGGCGGAGAGAAAUGGUUUGAUCAGUGGAAUGCAAUUUUCAGAGGAGGGUCCAACUAUUUCCCAUCUCUUGUUUGCUGACGACAGCUUGUUCCUUUGUAAAGCAUCAGUGAGCGAAGCUUCAGUGCUACAAAGAAUCCUCACUUUCUAUGGUGAGGCUACUGGGCAGACAAUUAACCGUGAGAAAUCUUCCAUUUCUUUUGGUGACAAGGUCGGUGAAGAAUCAAGAGCAGCAAUUCAACAUACUCUUGGUAUUUCCAAUCAAGGGGGAGCAAGCAAAUAUUUGGGCCUCCCAGAGUGUUUUUCGGGUUCGAAGGUUGAUCUAUUUUCUUAUCUGAAAGACAAAACUCAUGGGAAGCUUGACGUUUGGUAUUAUAAGCACCUCUCGCAGGCUGGGAAAGAGGUAUUGAUAAAGUCUUCUGGCUCCUCGCUUUCGACCUUUGCUAUGUCAUGUUUUCGUCUCCCCAAAUCUAUCAUUGACAAACUCACCAGCAUGUUAGCGGCCUUUUGGUGGGGAGCUGAGCCUCAUCAACGAAAGAUUCAUUGGGUAGCAUGGGAACGUUUGUGCCUUCCUAAGGACCAAGGUGGUCUUGGUUUCAGAGAUCUUGAAGCUUUCAAUCAAGCUAUGUUGGCCAAACAAGCGUGGAAAGUAUUAUCUCAACCGGAUUCGAUGCUUGCGAGAUUCCUGAAGAGUAGAUACUUUCCUGAUGGUGAAUUUUUGUCAGCUCCCUUAGGUCUUAGGCCGUCUUACGCUUGGCGUAGUUUGUUGCAUGGCAGAGAGCUUCUGACAAAAGGCAUUAUUCGCAGAGUGGGUAAUGGACAAAAGACUAGAGUAUGGAUUGAUAAAUGGAUUGAUGAUCCAGUGGAAGGUAUGCGAGCUCCUUGGAUUAAGAACUACUUUUUCGAUGUGAACCUGAUUGCGAGCUCUCUGAUUGAUUCCUCUACUCGCUUGUGGAAUCCAACGGCUCUGUGUGAAAUAUUUGUUCCAGGAGAUGUUCAGAUGCUGUUAAAGAAUCAGCCAGCUGUUUUAAAAGAGGAUUUUUAUUCUUGGAAGCUGACUCGAAGUGGUCAAUUCUCUGUUAAAACGGCUUAUAUCUUAGCCUUUGAAGAGAAGACUAGACUAUCUCAACCAGAAGCUUUUAACCAACCUUCUAUUAAUCCGCUUAAAGAGAAGGUUUGGAAGGUCUUAACGGUUCCAAAAAUCAAAGUUUUUCUGUGGAAAGCAUUAAAUGGUGGCCUAUCUGUAGCGGAGCUUAUGGAAGCUAGAGGAAUGAAGGUGGACAGUGGAUGUCAAAAGUCGAGAAACGAGCUCUUGUUCAGAGGUUUUACUCCAAUUCCUUCAAAUGUUAUGUUGCGUGCCAAUCAAGAUGCCGAUGAAUGGUUUGAAGCGCAAGUGGUGGAGGAAAAAAUUCUUUCCGAAACUCAAGUUAAUAUUCAGAAGAGAAAGGAGAAGUGGAAGCCGCCACCAAAAGAUUGGUCUAUGUGCAAUGUUGGAUUUGAUUGGAAUAAAUCCAAAAAUCUUGCGGGUGGUGGCUGGGUGAUUCGUAACGAGAGAGGUGUUGUGCUUUGCCAUAGCAGAAGAGCGUUCAGUAAUAUCCAAUCUAGGGAUCAGGCUAAGCUUGUGGUGAUUCUUUGGGCUUUGGAGAGUAUGGAGAGUCACAGAAUGUCCCAUAUCAUCAUCGCUGGUGAAUUCUGUGAAAUGUUUGGAGCUGUUGAAAGACCACAAGCAUGGCCUUCCUUCCUUCACUUUGCAGGUGAAAUAGGAAUCAGUAUGGCAAGAAUUGUUGGUUGUAAGCUGCAAGUGGUUAGCAGAGAAGCGAACAGAGGAGCAUCUUUCAUUGCUCAAAGCGUUACUAAGCAGGGUUUGGUGAGAUCAUAUGUUCAGACUGGUUAUCCUCCUUGGCUUUUUGAAUUCUUUGUCAAUGAAAGCCGUUAUCUCUGA